AUGUCCAUCAUCGAACAAGACGAAUUACGUGCGCAGUUUCCGUUUCUUUGUAAGUAUCCUGAUUGGGUUUUUUUGGAAAAUGCAGGUGGCAGUCAAGUACCAUCAUCAGUUAUCGAUUCAGUUUCUAAAUAUUACUCCGAAUCAUAUGUUCAAAUUGGAGCUGGUUAUUACCAAUCGAACGAAUCAACAAAUAUACGAACAAGUGCUCAUGAUUUUUGUCGUGAAAUGGUGAAUGGCAGUGGAAUUGGUGAAGUUGUUCUUGGUUCAAGUACCACUCAACUAAUUCAUACGUUGGCGCAUGCCUUUGAUAAACUUAUUACCAAUGCAGACGAUGAAAUUAUUUUGACGAAUCUUGCUCACGAAGCUAACUAUGGUGUUUGGACAAAAUUACGUGGCAAAGUCGUUGAAUGGAAAGUACACGAAGCAGUGAAUCUUGAUGAUUUAUCAGUUUUAUUAUCAGAGCACACACGGAUUGUAGCUAUAACACAUGUUAGUAACGUCGCUGGUGAAAUUCUUGAUGUUAAAGCUAUUGCAACACUUGUUCAUGCCCGAUGCCCUCAAGCACGAGUUGUUGUUGACGGUGUAGCUUAUGCACCUCAUCAAGUUAUCGAUGUAUGUGAAUGGAAUGUUGACUUUUAUGUAUUUAGUUUGUAUAAGGUUUAUGGUCCUCAUCUGGCUGCCUUAUAUGGAUCAAAUGCUGCUUGGCAAGAAUUGAUUCAAGCUUCUGCCGGACCUAAUCAUUUUUUUGUUUCACAAUCGGAUAUUUCGUAUCAAUAUGAGAUCGGAUGUCUAGAUUACGAAGCAUGUGCAGGCAUUUUAGGUAUCAAAUCUUAUUUUGAACGAGUCACUAAUGCUCCGAACGAUCAAUCAGUACGAAAAACCAUUGAACAAGCAUAUAAGAUAUUUGCUGACUUCGAACGUCCACUUACUGAUCGGCUCAUUCAGUAUCUCUUGACAAAACGUGAUAUAACCAUUAUUGGCCCUCAAUCAAAUAUGCAUCGUUUACCAACUAUCAGUUUCGUUUCCUCACGUUUAUCUUCAAGUGACAUCGUUAAACAUCUUCAUGCACAUAAAAUUGCUUGUCGCAAUGGACAUAUGUAUUCUUACCGAUUAAUUACGGCUCUAGGGAUUGAUAUUAGUGAUGGCGUAGUUCGUCUUUCUGCGGUUCAUUAUAACACUAUAGCGGAAAUUGAUCGAUGUAUACAAGUGCUUGAUACUAUUUUGUAA